CGCGCCCGUGACGCCAGCGCGGCGCGGCGGUUGGCGGCGCGGGGCCAAGAUGGCGGCGCUGCUGCUGCGGGAGCCGCUGAGCUCCCGGGCGCGGCCGCUGCCGCUGCCCCCCGGCGGCGGCUUCGUGCGCGGCCUCCUGCGGGACUGCGCCCGGCGCCUGCGUAUUCCCGAAGACAGUUUAUACGUGAAGUGCAACGGGCGGCUGGCUAAUGAUGACGAUGUUCUCCAGAAUGGCGUGGUUUAUAGCGUGGAGCCGAGGCUUUGUGGUGGAAAAGGAGGAUUUGGAUCUAUGCUGCGAGCACUUGGUGCACAGAUUGAAAAGACAACAAAUAGAGAGGCUUGCCGAGAUCUCAGUGGAAGGAGACUUCGAGAUGUCAAUCAUGAAAAAGCGAUGGCUGAGUGGGUGAAGCAGCAAGCAGAACGGGAAGCAGAAAAAGAGCAAAGGCGCUUGGAAAGGCUGCAGCGGAAACUUGCAGAGCCAAAGCACUACUUUAUAAAUCCAGACUACCAGCAGCAGUGUCAUGAAAUGGCUGAGCGGCUAGAAGAUUCAGUCCUUAAAGGAUUGCAGGCCACUUCAAGCAAAGUAGUGUCACCGGGAAGUGGCAAUAGUCGGAAGCGUCCAGGUGAAUCUGGAAAGAAUGGAACAAAAUAUGGAAAGAAACAGUGCUUUUUGCUGGGAUUGGAAGGAUUGGAUGAUACUGACAGUUCAGAUUCUGACAAUGACAGUGAAAAUGAUUCCCCUCAUGCAUCUGAUGAAAGUUGUCCAUCAGGCAGCGGAUACAGUGAAAAUGCUGGAAAUUCAAACAAAUGUUCAAACAGCCCUGAGGAUUCAGCAGAACAUAGUCCAGUUACUGAGAAGGCACCGGAGCAGCCAGACGUUAGUGGAGGAGACCUGCAAAGGGAGAUGCACAAAGAUGGGCAAGCUGAAAUUCCAGCUGAUGAAAAUAGCAAAAUGACAGAGCCCCAGAAGGAAGAGGCCCAGGAAAACAAUGAAGUAACCCAAGCCGUGAAAGAAGAGGUGCAAGAAAAUGUUUCUUCUGAAGUGCAGGAAAUGGACCAGUCACAGAGCACAGAGGCGGAACCAAUAGACCUAUUCGCAUUCAACUCUGCUGCUGAAAUGGAAGUGCUGGGAUUAGAUAAACUGAAGAUGGAAUUGAUGGCUUUAGGACUGAAAUGUGGAGGCACUUUACAGGAAAGAGCAGCAAGGCUUUUUUCAGUGAGGGGUCUCACUAGAGACCAGAUCAAUCCUUCCUUAUUUGCAAAGCCACCUAAAGGGAAAAAAGCAAAAGUUUGAAAUAUUUUGUGUCUGUGUAUUUUGUAAGUUUUCCUAUUCUAUUUCCAUUCUGUACUGCCACGUAGAAUUCUUUGUUGUCAUCAGAUAGUUUCUGUUUUUAAUGAAGUUUAGCUAACAUAACACAGAGUAAGUUGCUAAAUAGUGAGUUAGCUUUGUGCUCAGUAUAAAGGAGUGAUAUGGUAUCCUUUACAAAUGGUUAUAACAAGUCUUAAUGUAACAGAAUCUCUGCAGAUGGGAAGAACUAACUUGAAUAUAUUGAAUUUGAUGAUUCUAUGACACCAUCUCUUAUUUUAAGGAAUAUCAAUCCUUUCUUAGCUUUAUUUUGAUUCUCCUUUUGUAUGUAUUCAAGAUAGCACAGUUACAACUGUCAAAAGAUAAACAUCAAACUUACUAUCUAGGCUUAAAAGCUGAAGUUUCUUUAUAUAAAAAGAACAUUUUUAUAUGGAUAAGGUCAGUAUAAAUAAAUACUGUUCUGUGAAUUUGUGAGAUGUCAGGUAUUAAUAUGAUACCAGUUAUUGGUAUAAAUAUUUCUUUUAUAAGAACUAGAUAAAUAAACGAAUACACUGCUUUUGUUCUUGAAAAGUAUCUGAGUGAGGAAAAAGACUUGCAUCCUUAAGAAGCUGAAAAUAAUAAAUUACAUUUGUUGCUUGCUGAAGGUUGGUAAGAUACUGAGUGAUCAUCUGAACCUGAAUGGGAAAUUUAGAACAGUGUUUUGUUUUUUUUUUCCAAUGGUAAAAACAAUGGAAUAGUCUCUCAAGGACUUGAAUAUCUGCAGCAGUGGUGCUUUAUCCUGGAAUAGUGUCUGUAACCUUAGUGCUGGAUUUACCCUGGGAGGUGCUAUGGACCCUUGCUGGAAGGGCAGCACAUUUUCAUGACUGUGUGUGCAGCUGCCACUUCCUUUGUUUCAGAAGCUUUUAAGUAGCGUUCAGUUUGGUGCCUCAGAUUUUACCACUAUAUACCGGGGAAUAUUAUGGUCAUGAUCUACCUAUCAGAUUUUCUGGGAGAGACCUGAAAAA